AAAUUUGAUUGGCUGAGACACCUGUCUGUCAAUCCGUCAACGCCCCCCCAGACACCAACUUCCGCUUCUGCGUCAAGACAAGGCUGCUUACUACAUUCCUGCCUAUCUUUGUGGGCUUGCCAAAACAUUCGCGCUUCACACACGGCCGAGGUUACUCAUUUUCCUUUAGUCAUCAACGCCCCAGAGCCUGAACCCUCACCCCCCCAGCCUGCUCACUGCUCUCAGAUAACAGAAAAGCUGCUUUGAUCUGACUGACAGACGGGAUCAUCAGCCUGACAUCGGGCUCGUCUUUUAGAAAAGAUUCUCCUUCAACCUGCUGACGCUCCGGAGCGCACUCGCUCAGAAGGUCGGCCCUCAGAAGAACCGGACCGGCUAAAGAAACAUGUGCUAGAAGUUGAGAAUCUGUAGCAAACAGCUGGCUGGUUCUGACUCUGGAAGAUGAGCAAUGAGGACGAGUUUUAUGACGCCGUCACAGGCCUGGAUUCAGAUGAGUCGUACGAGGGGGUGUCGGAGGCCAGUUUCAAAGAUGCUCAGCCGUUCGAAUGCAGCAGUCACAGAAACAAUGGAUCCGUGCCACACAAGAACGGCAUCAAGAAACACAGAACCGCCUUACCUGCACCCAUGUUUUCCAGAAACACUGUUAGUGUCUGGAGUAUCUUAAAGAAAUGUAUUGGACUGGAACUGUCCAAGAUCACCAUGCCUAUUGCCUUCAAUGAGCCUCUGAGUUUUCUGCAGAGAAUGACGGAGUACAUGGAACACACUUACCUCAUCAACAAAGCCUGUUCGCUGUCCGACUCCAUCGAGCGCAUGCAGGCAGUAGCUGCUUUUGCCGUGUCAGCAGUUGCAUCUCAGUGGGACAGAACUGGAAAACCCUUCAACCCUCUGCUGGGAGAAACCUAUGAACUUGUCCGGGAGGAGCAGGGUUUCCGGCUAAUAUCGGAGCAGGUGUCCCACCAUCCUCCCGUCAGUGCCUUCCACGCUGAGGGUCUGGCCGGGGACUUUGUCUUCCACGGCUCCAUCUAUCCCAAACUCAAGUUUUGGGGGAAGAGUGUUGAGGCGGAACCUAAAGGGACUAUUACACUAGAGAUCAUAAAACAUAAAGAAGCUUACACAUGGAGCAACCCUUACUGCUGUGUGCACAACAUCAUCCUGGGGAAGCUGUGGAUAGAGCAGUAUGGUACGGUGGAAAUAGUCAACCACAGAACUGGAGACAAGUGUGUGUUGAAUUUCAAACCAUGUGGGAUGUUCGGCAAAGAGCUGCACAAAGUGGAAGGAUACAUACAAGACAAGAAUAAAAAGAAGCACUGUGUCAUCUACGGGAAGUGGACCGAGUGCAUGUGGAGUGUGGACCCUCAGGCCUACGAGACUCACAAGAAAUCGGACAAGAAAGGAGAUCACAAGAAGCACAGAAAUGUGAGGGAGGAGCUCCACAAAUCAGAAAACGAUGAAGCUGACAACAUGCCUGAAGUCCAGGAGACCGUCUGUGUGGUUCCGGGAAGCACUCUCCUGUGGAGGAUAGACUCCAGACCAGCACACUCUUCUAGAAUGUACAACUUCACAACAUUUGCGAUGUCUCUGAACGAGCUGGAGCCCGGCAUGGAGGCCAUCUUGGCCCCAACGGACUGUCGCUUCAGGCCCGACAUCAGAGCCAUGGAAAACGGGAACAUCGAUGAAGCCAGUAAGGAGAAGGAGAGACUGGAGGAGAAACAGAGAGCUGCCAGGAAGGAGAGGGCCAAGAAUGACGAGGAAUGGUCAACGAGAUGGUUCCAUCUGAGCACCAAUCCACACUCCGGCAAUCAGGACUGGAUCUACAAUGGGGACUACUUCAACAGGAACUACAAGGAUCUUCCAGACAUCUAUUGAGAGUCGGGAACUCUUCUGAAUUCUACUUCUUCAUUCCAACGUUUCCCCGUCUUCAUCGCGUUGCCUCUGUCGUCUCCUGAAAGCGACUCGUUCACUGGUUGACAAAACUUGAAGUGAAGGAACUGUCAUCUACACGUCCAACACAUGUACGCUACAAUUUAGCCUCAUAAUGACCAGCAAACUUCUGUUCACUCUGACCACAGAAAUACUUCCAUUCUGUGCAGCUCUCAGUGGAACCUUCUGAAUGUUUCCCCUCUUUAGAAUCAAACUUAUAAAAGACUGCUGGUAAACGUUUGCGGUUUAUCAUGUCAUUACGGAAUAAAUGAGGAAAGACGACAUUGAAUGAGA